AUGAUUCAGCGUCUGCCUUCAGCUUCCAAAGCUUACGGCGGCAGCUCCCAAGCUUUCAACAUAAACUUCCAAAGCUUACGGCAUCAGCUCCCAAGCUUUCGGCAUCAACUCCCAAGCUUACGGCAACUCCCAAAGUUCCAACGGCAUCUUCUAGCUCUUGCGUUGCCGAACGGCACCCCACAGGUGACACUUCUCCAGCGCCUUUUCUCAAGGUCAUGCCGAAUGGCAGCUCCUAACUUACGGCAUCAUCUCCCAAGCUUUCGGCAUCAACUUCCAAAGCUUACGGCAUCAGCUCCCAAGCUUUCGGCAUCAGCUUUCGAAGCUUACAGCGGCAGCUCCUAA